AUGAGGGUUUCUAUGGCACGUUCCAAGGAAAUUCAAGAAACUUCAAAGAUUGCUAAGCUUGUCUAUGGUGAGAUAGAUGAUCUUAGUGUCGACGAGCUCAAUGAGCUGCUACAUGGGCUCACACGGAUCAAUCAAGAGAUUGAAGAUCAGGUGCGUGCUUCACAAAUCCAGGUGCCACCAAGACAUUUGCCAUGGACUUCUGUACAACCUUUGCAGAUUCCAAGAUCGUCUAGUGCUAUUCCAGAGCCAUCAUGGUUGCAGUCCUCACUUCUGAACUCAACCACGCUGCCCUCACCACAAGCACCACCAGUGCCCCCGUUACAACACAGUCUGAUGCCACAGCACCCUUGGGUAGCGGAUAUGUUGCCACUACCUAAUGAAGCACAUCAGUACAACGAUCAUAGCCAGCAGUUGGUCAUCAACGGUAACCCCUCUGGACAUUUCUGGCUACCGUCUCUACUAUCCUCAGUGCCGCCACCGCCACCACCACCCUCAUCAGAACAUCUACCUCUAGAAGUUGAGCUUCCUUUCCAAGCACUGAAUUUAAAUCCGGUGCUGCCACCUCAAAGUCAUGACACUAAUACUCUCUCGAUCUUAGAAAAUAAUGAUCUUUCACUUUUUACUGGUGGCGCUGAGGGGAACAGUUACCCAGCUGAGGGAAGCCAUGCCAGUUACCAAUGGAAUUCAUUUAGUCCUUCCAAUGAUCUGUAUUAUGGUGCUUAUGGAGGACAAGAUGCUGGUGGUCACGACAUGCCUGGUCCUUCUGGCCUUAAUCAAGGAACUUAUGAUUGGGUCAGCAGACCUUAUUAG